CACACGCACCCUAAUUAAUAUUCAUAAGAUUGGCACUUCAUUCAAUCGAUAAGAACAAUGUUCCGCUUUCUGGACGCGUCGUGCUAGCUUUUUUGAAGAUAUUAUGUAACAUUUAUGCAACCCGCGCUUCGCCAAGGAGAAUUUAAACGAACAUGGAAGAGGAAGCCUGCAACCGUUUCAGAUCCUUAAGGGCCAAGUUUCAGGAAGAGAUCCAGGUGAGGCACACACCUGUGGUUCUUGAGAAGCCCAAACGCCUCCCAACAUCUGCCAUGAGCCGCUCUGGUCUGAUAACCAUGAGCCUUGGUUCAUCUGCGGACACCAAGACCGCCGGUCAACCCCGGGUCAUUUUGAGAGAAGACCUGAAAACACCUUCAGGAACAAGCCUUGGAACAACAUCUGAGGUCUGUAGGUCUGGAGAUGCGCAGAAAAGACAGUCACUUAAAAUUCGGCAUUUGCCCCUGGUGUUGCCGCCUUCAAAUGAACCAAAGCAUGAUUCUCCUUCGAAGGGCAUCACCUCACCUUUUAAAUGCAUCAUGAAACCGAUUCCUACACCUUUCAGCUCCGCCAGAGCUUCACUGUGCGCUAAAGAAACUGGUAAAAAUGGUCUGGGGCUUGUGAAGAAUGGUGGCUCUUCUAAUGUUCAGACGGACGAGUCCACCGUGAAGAGCGCAGCUCCAGACGCUGGGGGGGUCCUGGAGACUAGGGUGUCGAAUCCCGGAGCGCUCGAUCGUUCAGCGUCACCAGAUUCGCUGACAGAUUCCUCUUCUGGAAGUGUUACUCAUUUCUUUGACCAGCAUGUCCUGAGCACGCUAGAGAAAGCCAAGAGGAAGCUGUGUCAGAGGAACCUGCUGGUGUGUGGCAGACCAAAGGGCUUCUACUCCGGUAGAGCACAAGCACAGCACACAGACAGUCCUCCAUCGCCUGCUGAAGAGACGUCGCCAUUGACGGUUAAUGCAGUAUCAGACUGCACCAUCUCUGUAAUGGAGCUCGGUGGAGUCAUGCAGCCUCAAAGAGCAUGCAAACCUCUUCCUGACCUGGCAACCUUAGGCCCCACACCCUUAAAGCCACCAAGACCCCCACAUGUGGAUCUGAGCAAAUAUAAGACUGGAUUUCAUGUCUGUGAACCAAGCGAAGCACUUACUACUGAAUCUGUACCUGAGCCUGAGCUUGUGGCCACUGCUAAGGCAUCACUUGAUGACGCAAGCGUACCUCCCCCUGAGUUUCCAGAUUUUGACGUUUCUGCACCGGAAGCCACAGACAGUGAUGCCAUAAAUCUGGAGGCCCUGGAUUUCGAGGCCAGUGGAUUUCCAGAGUUUGAUUCGUUGCCUCCCCCUCCUGCGCUGCCAGAUGAAGACGAUGGCCUGCUUUCACAGGCUGUGUUGGUCCAAGAUUGUCCGAGCCGUUCUGGUCCAAAGAGCAUGCAGUCAGAAGACGCUCUCUGUCAGUCCUCAGAGGAAAUGAGAAAUGUGUCUAAUACAGAAUCAGUGACCUCCGACCUGAGAUCGAAUGGAUCACACACCACCUUCAACCUGAGCAGUGAACACCAGCUUCCAUCAGAACCAAUGUCUUCUCAACAAGAGUGUUUCCAUGAAACCUUUGAUAAUGUUUAUGAGGAUGUGGAAACAGUCCCCAGGUUCUCUUUUGCUCAAAGCUCUUAUAAGUGUAAAGGAGCUCCUAAGAAUCCGUAUGCAGAUAACAGCCUUGUGAAAGAAGAAACAUGGAGGAAUAUAUGGCAUGUCACUCAAUGGUUUUCUAAUGCAGCUGAGGACCAAAAUGGCCAACAUGAUAGAAAGAAGCAGCUGAGCCCUGAACAUCAUGAGGAUAAAGAGCAGAAGAAGAAAGAGAAGCAGCGCCUGUAAAAAGAGAAAAAAUAAAACAAAGAAAAACAAAAAAAAAAAAAUGAAAUUAAAUCAAAAACAAAGAUCACUGGACUGGAAGAGCCCAUGUAUCACGCCAGAGUGCUGGCAGACAGCAAACUGCGAAAGUACGACCUGCCCGUCAAAAGUGGGGAUCUCAUCAGCAUCAUCCGAACAGUCAGCUGCCCCAAGGGCAAAUGGCUAGCUAGAGACACCGACAACAGAUAUGGCUACAUAUCUGUGAUGAAUGUGGAGUUGAACAUUAAGGAGAUGCUUGAGCUCGGGAAAAAGGUAUCACAGGCCGCCGGACGACGCCAAACCGAUGGAGAUAACCUUAGUAUCAGCAGCAGGUCCUCUCAUCAGAAUCCUGUGCUUACAAGUAGCUUCACUGAUGACAGCGAGGAGUGGAUGUAUGAAGAGGACACCUUCUCGCUGUCUGCUGAAAAUUUGAUAGCAACUCUUCUGCUCAUCAUCCUUUCAGUGACUGGAGUAUUGAAGAAAUCCAGACACAAGAGGCAGAACCCUUCCAGUUUGCAGACAUUGAUCUCCUGCCGCCUCCUGCUCUUUACGCCGACUCUCUGUGAGCCGGUGGUGCGUGUGGCCGUAUGUCUUUUGAGUGACUUUGAUUACGUUCUUCUGUCAUUAUCAAGGACACACAUCCACACAAGUGCUGUCUAGCACCGGCCUUUAGUCUUCAAAUAAUCUAACCAGACUUGAUUCUCAAAUGCACAGAGAAAAAAUUAUCUGUUCGAGGUGGAAGUGUUAUAUUUGCACUGUGAGCAAGCAGUGGUAGAUUGAGAAUAACAGAGAGUUUAGGGGUUUUAAUGAAAUGGGGACGUGGCACUUAUUGCAAAAGUCAUCUUUAAGGGAUUGAGAGUGACUGUAAUUUUGCAUGCUAUCUACACGAUGCACCUUUAAGUUUCUUUUGUCGUUGUGUGUCUCAUUGUGUGGGAAUGUUGGUUUGAUUACAUGUUUUUUUUUUUUUAAUAAUGAAAACACAACUUAAAUGGAAUAAAUGGAUCUGUAUACAGCAGUGAGUCU